GUGUCUGGCCGAUAAUUUAAACUGUGUUUUAUCAUCAUAUCAUUUUAUAUCACACAUGCAUAUUAUCAGUAUAUUAGGGUUUAAGCCUUCGGCAAAGGAAUGCAGCAAGCCUCACUACUACUUCUUUCACGUUUCUAGGUUUUCAUUUUCACCUUCUUCACAAUUUCACCUCUAACCCAUAUCUGAUUCUCAUCUUAGAUUGUAAUUAUUAUUAUUGUUGUUAUAGGUUUUGUUGGUGUUCCUGUGGAUUCUUGCUACUUCUGCAAAAUAAACUAUGUUGGGUUCUCUAAAUUCUUCUUCUUCUUCUUCUCUUGACCAAGAAGAAAAGGAAGCCUUAGAUCUGCAGUACCUGGAGAAUCUAAUGGCUCCACCUGUAGCACCCAGAGGUACUACUUCUAGCUUCACCCCAUCAGCAAUCCACAUGCGUCAACUGCUCAUCACCUGUGCAGAGCUCAUCUCUCAGUCUGACUUCUCCGCCGCCCACCGACUCAUCUCUGUUUUGUCUGCCAGCUCUUCCCCUUAUGGUGACUCUAGGGAGAGGUUGGUUCAUCAGUUUGUUAAAGCACUUUCUCUCCGCCUCAAUCCCCAUGGUAAUGCUAUGGCCACUGUUUUGAUGAAUAUCACAAAUCUUCCUUCUUCUGGUGGCGGUGGCGGUAUUGGUAGUGCUAGCACUGCAACCGUCAGUGCCAUUAAUGUCGGUUCCUUGUUUACUAGAGAAUCCGAGGAGGCUCUUCAAUCUUGCUAUCUUUCCCUAAACCAAAUAACCCCAUUUAUAAGGUUCAGCCAUUUAACUGCAAACCAGGCGAUCUUGGAAGCCAUAGAAGUAGGGCAACGAGCCAUUCACAUCAUAGACUUUGAUAUUAUGCAUGGAGUGCAAUGGCCUCCAUUGAUGCAGGCUUUAGCUGAGCGCUCCAGCAACACCCUUUACCCACCUCCCGCGCUCCGAAUCACCGGAACUGGCCAUGAUUUAAACACUCUAAACAGGACAGGAGACCGUCUACUCAAGUUUGCUCAGUCUCUAGGCCUCAAGUUCCAAUUCCAUCCUCUUCUUCUACUUAACACUGAUCCUUCUUCCCUUCCCUUUGCCAUCACCCUUCUUCCAGAUGAAGCUCUUGCUGUAAACUGCGUCCUCUAUCUGCACAGGCUCUUGAAGGACGACAGUCGCGGCCUUCGCAUCUUUCUCAACAGAAUUAAGGCCUUGAACCCGAAGGUGGUUACCAUAGCAGAAAGGGAAGCUAACCACAACCACCCUUUCUUCUUCCAGAGGUUCUUGGAGGCUUUGGAUCACUACACUGCUCUCUUUGACUCCUUGGAGGCAACCCUGCCUCCUAAUAGCAGGGAGAGGCUGGCCGUGGAGCAGAUAUGGUUUGGGAGGGAAAUCAUGAACAUAGUGGCAGCAGAUGGAGAAGACAGAAGAGAAAGGCAUGAAAGAUUUGAAUCGUGGGAAAUGAUGCUAAGGAGUACAGGCUUCACCAAUGUUCCAUUAAGCCCUUUUGCACUCUCGCAGGCCAAGCUCCUCCUCAGGCUCCAUUAUCCUUCUGAAGGUUACCACAUAGAGAUUGUUAACAAUUCUUUCAUCUUAGGUUGGCAGAGUCAUUCUCUUUUCUCAGUCUCUUCCUGGCACUGAUGAUUACUAAAUAAGCAUUGACAUCCCAGAGCUAAUUAAAAACAACCAUUAUCAAUUCCCACUAGAAGAAAAGAGAAGAAGCUAGUUAGUGAAUUUUAAA